CCCGCCCCUCCGGCCGCGCCCCGCCCCGCCCUGCGUGCGCUGCGCGGUGACGUCAGCGGCGGCGUGCCCCUGCGCCCGAGCCGAGGAGACCCCGCAGCGAGCUGCCAACGCCCGGUGGAGACUCUGAGGUUCUGUUGGAGCUGAUACUCAAGUAGACUUCAGCUAUGCAGACGAUCAAGUGUGUAGUCGUGGGUGAUGGUGCUGUUGGUAAAACCUGUCUCUUAAUCUCUUACACAACAAAUAAAUUCCCAUCGGAAUAUGUACCAACGGUUUUUGAUAACUAUGCUGUAACGGUGAUGAUUGGAGGAGAGCCUUACACCCUGGGCCUCUUUGAUACUGCAGGUCAGGAAGACUAUGAUAGAUUACGACCACUCAGCUAUCCACAGACAGAUGUAUUUCUGGUCUGUUUUUCAGUGGUGUCUCCUUCUUCAUUUGAAAAUGUGAAAGAAAAGUGGGUACCUGAAAUUACUCACCACUGUCCAAAGACUCCUUUCCUGCUUGUUGGCACCCAAAUUGAUCUACGAGAUGACCCCUCAACAAUUGAGAAACUUGCCAAGAACAAGCAGAAGCCCAUAACUCCAGAGACGGCUGAAAAGCUGGCCCGGGACCUGAAGGCUGUUAAAUACGUGGAGUGCUCUGCACUGACGCAGAAAGGCCUAAAGAAUGUAUUUGACGAAGCGAUAUUGGCUGCCCUGGAGCCUCCGGAGCCGAAGAAGACUCGCAGGUGUGUGCUGCUAUGAACGUCCCUCCAGAGCCCCUUCUGCAGAGCUGGUGUUUGAUGUCGUACUAAAAGCAAUGUUUAAAAAUCAAACUAAAGAUCCAAAUUUUAAAGUUUGUUUUUCGCAAUAAUGACAAAUGCCCUUCACUCCCAUCCCCCCCCCAGCCCUGUGUGAGAUGAGAAUGUUAGUGUUUAUUCCCCAGUGCCCCCUCAAUUCAGUUAAACUAGUUAAUUUUGAGUAAUUCUCUAUUACCAGAAAACACUGAUCAGUACUAGUUUUUUUUAUUUUGUUUACUGUUUCUAAUUUGUUUUUUUGUUGUUUAAGAUCCAGGCAUGCUUGUGAUGACUUUCUCUGUAACAGACUAAUUCUGGGCUGCCUUACUGCAGCCUCGUCCCUUAGGCCAGUCUGGCAAGACUUAGUUCUGGUGGCAAGAACCUGUGGGGCUGUUCUGCAGCCAGCCAGCAGCCUGGGUGUGAGCAGACUUACAAACACGGCAAAGUAAAAUGUCCCAAGCUGGUGCUCCUCUAAGGAGGAGUGUAGAAAAUGUAUCUGCAUCUCCUCUGAAGUUGCCUUGUAUCUCUUCCCCUGGCUUUCCACCGUGCAGGUCAUAAAUUUCUACCCCGUCCUCUAAGUUAUGAAGCCUUAGGAAUAGGAGAAUCCUAUUCUCUGGAUGCACCAUCAGACUUGAAAGUAGUUUGCCAGUCUCUUCUUAAUCUUUGACAUUAUAAGCUUUUGUUGUGUGAUGGAGAAAGAGCUGCACCUUUUAAAGCACGCCCAAUGAUGCCGUUGGCUCUUAACAAACCCAUCUUCUGCCAAUCCUCAAUUAAGAGAGAAAUUAAUGACAGUGACCAGCACAUAACACUGCUGAUGGACACACUGAGAGGACCUGCUGUGGGUUCGGAUGAGUUCUGGAGCUGGCCCUGGUGGUGCAUCUCUUCCUGGAUGGCUCAGCAUCCUCCUGGGAGAGGGGUGGAAAGGGCAGACCUGUGUCAGUGGGAAGGAGCUGCAGGGAGGGGUUUCUGGUGUUUGGGUAGCACCAUGCAGGGACCAGUGAAGGGAAUCCCCUUUGCAUUUGGCUCCUAGGUACCCUUGAACCCAUGAGAUGGGCUCCAGCCCGCUGAGGUGUGUGCAGGGUCUUCCCACACUGACUGCACCAUCGUAGGGGUUUACCACAAGAUUAUUUGGCCUUGCAAAUUCAAAGUUUAAGUCUUAGGGAAUCUUCUCCACCUCCCCAAAUUCCGGUUUCUCGUAGACUCGGUAGUGUUGAACCAAUGCUUUUUCAUGUCUAAGUUCUUUGUAUAUGCAUUCUUUUCAGAUGUAUUAAACAUAAAGUAUCUUCACAA